AUGAACUCAUGGGACCCAUAUGCGAUAACAGAGGACCCCAAUGUCACGUUCAUCGUACCGCGAGAGCCGAGCGCCUGGCAACGAUUCAAACGACAACCAUUCCUCUUUCUCGCACUCAAGCUUUAUAAGUAUCGCCGAAUCGUUCUACCUCAACCACCAAAAAAGCCUGUCUCUGUCAUCUGCAUCUCAAACACUUACUAUCAGAGCCCCAAAAUACCAGAAGGGGAUGUCCUCAUCCAUGCAGGUGACCUUACCCCUGAUGGAUCACUCGCCUUCUUUCAAAAGACCUUGGACUGGCUCAAUGAACAGCCUCAUCCCAUCAAAAUUGUCGUUGGCGGUAUGAAUGACCAGCUUCUGGACCGCGCCAAAGGCAAAGGUCGCGGUUGGGAUCGUGGAGACUGUGACAAAAUCGACUGGGGCGACAUUGUGUACCUGGAAAACAGCGGCACCACCAUAACAGCUCCAAAUGGGAGACGGCUCCGUGUCUGGGGAAGUCCAAAUUCACCAAUUCGGGACGGAAAUCUGGGGUUCCAAUAUCGGCGCGAUGACUACUUUUGGUGUGAGAAGAUCCCUCAAGCCGUCGACAUCCUCAUCACGCAUACUCCACCUUACGGACAUCUUGAUUCCUGCAUUGGUUGCUACUGGCUCUUGAAUGAACUCUGGGAAAACCCCCCACGCCUUCAUGUCUUUGGUCGUGCAGAGGAAAACCACGGAACCGAAAUACUGCAGUACGACGAGCUCCAAAGCGCAGUGGAAUACAUCAUCGGUCGCGAAAAGGGUCCCAGUCAAUUCUGGGAAGUUGUUAAGGGUUUUGUGCUCUCUUGGUGUCGACCUUCUACCGGGCCUCGGACUCUGCUUGUGAAUGCCUGCAUUACUGGUGGCUUCUGGAAUUUGAAACGGCGGGAGCCGAUCACGGUUAUCAUUUGA